AUGGAGCGGAAAGGUGAGCGGUGGAGCGGCCUCCGCCACGAGGGGCAACUGCCGCCGGGGCGAGGCCCGAGUCAAGAGCGGGAGCCUCGCCUAACCGCCGCCGUCCGGUCCCCGGGCGUGCGGCGCCCUUCCUUUGAGGUGGCGCCGCCCCUCACCCCCCGCCUCUGGGCUGCGGGUCCGCGCCCCUCAGCCCGGGCGUCCUCCGGCGCUGGCCGUCACCGCCCCUUGUUCCCCGCCGGGCCGGCUCGCGCUUUGGGGCCGCUCCAGGGCCCGGCCCACGGCGGGCGAGGCAGACCCCGCCGGGCCCGAGCCCCCCGGGCGCACCCCGCCUGGGCGCUGCUCUGCGCCCCGUGGGCCGCCAGCCCCCCGGCCGGCCUCCUGGCCUCAGCCGCGGCGCUCGAGCCGCCGCCGUCCUCUGGGCAGGCCCCGCAGCCCAGCCUGGCGCCCUUCCUGGGUCUCCACCCCCACCUUGGUCACCUCCUUUCCUCCACAUUUGCCCUUCAUCCAUCCCUCUCUCCUGCAGUGCUUGCGCUCCAGGCCCGAAAGAAAAGGACCAAGGCCAAGAAGGACAAAGCCCAAAGGAAAUCUGAAACUCAGCACCGAGGCUCUGCGCCCCACUCUGAGAGUGAUCUCCCAGAGCAGGAAGAGGAGAUUCUGGGGUCCGAUGAUGAUGAGCAGGAAGACCCGAAUGAUUACUGUAAAGGAGGUUAUCAUCUUGUGAAAAUUGGAGAUCUAUUCAAUGGGAGAUAUCAUGUGAUCCGAAAGUUGGGCUGGGGACACUUUUCAACAGUGUGGUUAUCAUGGGAUAUUCAGGGAAAAAAGUUUGUGGCCAUGAAAGUAGUUAAAAGUGCUGAGCACUAUACUGAAACUGCACUCGAUGAAAUCCGGUUGCUGAAAUCAGUUCGCAAUUCAGACCCUAAUGAUCCAAACAGAGAAAUGGUUGUCCAGCUAUUAGAUGACUUUAAAAUAUCAGGAGUUAAUGGAACACAUAUCUGCAUGGUGUUUGAAGUUCUGGGACAUCACCUACUCAAGUGGAUCAUCAAAUCCAACUAUCAGGGGCUUCCACUGCCUUGUGUCAAAAAAAUUAUUCAGCAAGUGUUACAGGGUCUGGAUUAUUUACAUACCAAGUGCCGUAUAAUCCACACUGAUAUUAAACCAGAAAACAUCUUGUUAUCAGUGAAUGAACAGUACAUUCGGAGGCUGGCUGCAGAAGCAACAGAGUGGCAGCGAUCUGGAGCUCCUCCACCUUCCGGGUCUGCAAUCAGUACUGCUCCCCAACCUAAACCAGCUGACAAAAUGUCAAAGAAUAAGAAGAAGAAAUUGAAGAAGAAGCAGAAGCGCCAGGCAGAAUUACUAGAGAAGCGAAUGCAGGAAAUUGAGGAAAUGGAGAAAGAGUCGGGUCCUGGGCAAAAAAGACCUAACAAGCAAGAAGAAUCAGAGAGUCCUGUUGAAAGACCCUUGAAAGAAAACCCACCUAAUAAAAUGACCCAAGAAAAACUUGAAGAGUCAAGUUCCAUUGGCCAGGACCAAACACUUGAGGAACGUGGUGUAGAGGGUGGUGCGGCAGAAAUUAAUUGCAAUGGAGUAAUUGAACUCAUUAAUUACACUGAUGACAGUAAUAAAGAAACAUUGAGGCUUAAAGAGGAUCUACAUAAUGCUAAUGACUGUGAUGUCCAAAAUUUGAAGCAGGAACCUAGUUUCCUAAGCUCCCAAAAUGGAGACAGCAGCGCAUCUCAAGAAACAGACUCUUGUACACCUCUAACUUCUGAGGUGUCAGAUACCAUGGUAUGCCAGUCUUCCUCAUCUGUAGACCAGUCAUUCAGUGAACAGGACAUCGGCACACUUCAAGGAAGCAUUCAGUCAGAGACACCUUGUGAAGAUGAGCAAGAGCAGGAACACAACGGACCACUGGACAACAAAGGAAAAUCCACUGCUGGAACUUUUCUUAUUAAUCCCCUUGAGCCAAAAAAUGCAGAAAAACUCAAAGUGAAGAUUGCUGACCUUGGAAAUGCCUGUUGGGUGCACAAACAUUUCACCGAAGAUAUUCAAACAAGGCAGUAUCGCUCCCUGGAAGUUCUAAUAGGAUCUGGCUAUAAUACCCCUGCUGACAUUUGGAGCACAGCAUGCAUGGCCUUUGAACUAGCCACAGGCGACUAUUUGUUUGAACCUCAUUCAGGGGAAGAGUAUACUCGAGAUGAAGAUCACAUUGCAUUGAUCAUAGAACUUCUGGGGAAGGUGCCUCGCAAGCUCAUUGUGGCAGGAAAAUAUUCCAAGGAAUUUUUCACCAAAAAAGGUGACCUGAAGCACAUCACAAAGCUGAAGCCCUGGGGCCUUCUUGAGGUUCUAGUGGAGAAGUAUGAGUGGUCUCAGGAGGAGGCAGCUGGCUUCACAGACUUCUUGCUGCCUAUGCUGGAGCUCAUCCCUGAGAAGAGAGCCACUGCGGCCGAGUGUCUGCAGCAUCCUUGGCUGAACUCCUAAGCCCUGCCUGCCACUGCAGCAGAGAUCACCACACUGAUCUUCCAGCCUUCCCUCAGGCAUCCCCUCCUCCCUUUCUAGGGUGAAGCUCCUUCUUCAGGGCUUUCUAAAUUGUUCCUUUUCUUUUUUGACCCUGUGGAGAUCUCCACAGCCCUGGGGCAUCCUACAUGAAUCUGGCCUCGGUAGCCGCUGCCCAAGACUAAUGGACUAAAAAAUGUGAAACAGCCUCUUGCCCUGUAGCUUCUCCUUUCCAUUGGAACACCCGCUAAAGUAUCAGCACCCUUUUUAAAAAGAGUGAUCAAGAUGUGAGCGCUCAUCCUUUCAUUCCCUGACUCUAAGAGUCAAAUUUUCUAAUGCAUAUCCUAUUGCCAGCACAAGGAUGAGGGGGAAAGGGUGUUAAUUCUGUGUACAGCAGAGAUAUUAAACUUGCUGUAUCCAGGCUGUACCAUCUUCCUGGAUGGUUUCUGUUGUUUUCUAUGUUCACGUUUUUUCCCGCGACUUUUAUGCUAUUACCUUUUUUAAUGAGCUGUAUAAAUACACCAAAUUUGGAUAUUAUUUUAUCACUAUUCAAAGCACUAUGAUACUCCUUUCAUGACUAAGAUCCUGAAAUCUUUAGUCAGUUUUUAAUGUAAACAAAAAUAGAACCAUUGAUUAAUAAUUUCUUGAUU